GUUUUUUUACAUUGCAGGUGGAUAUUUGCAGCAGUUGGCCUCCUCCUUAAUGGGUUAGCUUACAUAUGGUACCCAUUCACCUCCUCUGUAUGGGUGAACAUUGGCCCCCAGAGCUUGAUAUACAUAGGGUUCGGGUUUGCCAACACUGUGAUAGCUCCUAUUAUGGGCGACUUGGUGGAGAUACGACACAGAGCCGAGUACGGGCAGGUGUACGGUCUAACCAGUGGUGCUUAUUCCUUGGGUUUUAUAACAGGCACUGUUGGCGCUGGCGUACUUGUGGACGUCACAUCAUUUAACUGGGUGUGUCGCGGCAUCGCGGUGUUAAUGAUCCUGUACACUUGUAUCUGCAUCCUAUUUCGUAACCCUAAAGGCACCAAUCUAGACACAGAGGACCCGGAAACCUUGAAGUUGGUGGGCAGUGAAUUUACGGACAAAUAUGGCGCCCAAAAGUCACAUGAUAUACCGAUGUCUAACGAGUGAAGAACGGAAAUAGGAUUUUAUUUUAUUCAUAAGGACGGAAGUCAUACACAAACGUCUUCCAAUUAUAUAACUUUAUGAAUUUGAUGUGUUCUAAUCAUUUAAAUCUAAACACAUUUUUGAUACUAGCAUUGUUUCCACGUCCAAAUAUAAAGGAGGUUUCAAAAUUCAUAAGACUUUCCCAGCAGGCAAAGUGACGUUGGAUCAACGUUGAAAACAGGU